AUGACCAUCUUUGUUCUUUGCACCGAUGGAUCCAGCAAACUUACUACACCGCUAGUCCAGCACCUCAAUACACUUUUUCUCAAUUUGCUGAUAGUGACGAACAUAAUACAAUUAUCUAAAGGAUUUGGAACAGACCUCAAUCAUUGGGACGAGCAUGGUUCCGAAGCCGGAGAACAUGCACAAAUCUGGUAUAUAUACAACGACGAGUCAGCCAAAGUAGAUGCCGCUGUCAUAGACGGAUGUAACCGGGGAAUCGACGUUCUCCUUGUUUUUUCCUACCAACAGAUGCUGCCUAGCCCAUCGGAUACAACCAAUGCCCUCCUUUUGACACUUAUCUCAGAUCUUCGUAGUUCCUCGUUGAAUAUUAGCGAUACAAAUAUCAGUAUCCCAACUCCACCAGGAUCCAACUCUCCUUCUGCUUCUCAGAUACGAUGGGUUAACGGUUUGUGGUUUGCGGCGCUAUCUUUCAGUCUCUCGGCUGCCUUGGUAUCAAUGCUGGCCAAACAGUGGAUACAGCCCAUACCAAAUGUAUCGGGGUCUCCUCGCUACCGCGCGCGCAGACGCCAGCAGCGAUACCUCCAACUGCAAAAUUGGCACGUCUUUUUUGUCAUCAAUGCUUUACCUAUGCUACUUCAUAUUGCUUUACUCCUAUUUUUUGCUGGAAUCAUAAUGUUAUUGUGGUCUGGAGACUUGGGCAUAGUCAUUGCCACAUUUACUAUCGUUGCUCUGGCUUACAUAUUCUAUGCUGGAUCAAUGUGGAUGUCUUUGACGAAUCCGGAUUGCCCAUAUCAGCAUCCCAUAUCUGAGGAGCUACGCCGCUGGGUGACACGAUACGACGGCCCCACAAAGUUACUUGAUCUUGAAAGGACCGCAAUCCUGCCCAUUCGAGCCGCACGCACUGUCAUAGGCCAUAUAACUCCAAGUUCUGAUGACGACAUGGACGCGCACUGCCUCGUAUGGUUAUUACAACAAUGUACGAACGACGAUAUCAUUGCAGCCACACUAAAAUCCAUCGGAGGACUUCCCUAUGAUUUUGCUGCCUUUCACGUCCUUCGCGAAGCCGGUGCCAUACCAAUGGUUCUACAACAUUUCAACAACUGUUUUCGCCGUGAUAUUUCCUUUGAUAGCCAGUGGCAUGUCGCGGACGCCGAAAGUGCAGAAGGGUACUGUCGAGCAUGGAUCCGACUAACACACGGAACAUCCCAUACAUGGCCACAAGACCUUCGGAGACCUCUUCACACACUUCGGGACGGAUCGACUGACCUGCACAUAAAUGCCAUUGCAACCUGCACCUGGGCACUGGAUUCCCCGGAAUCUCGAAGUUCCCAUCUCUCCCUUCUCUCUCAUCUGAGCCAACUGGCCAUAGGUGACCAGAAAUAUAGCGAACUAAGUCAACGGUGGCUUCUUGAAACAUUCCUUGAGUGCACAUUGAGCUGGGAGCUGCAUAAAGCAGUGGUCAACGAUAUCACUGCCAAAUCUGUCCCUAUUCUUCUCCAACUGCUGCAACGAGCGACCGAUCAAUCUGGUUCACAGAACCACACAACAAUAGCUGCAAUUUUGCAUUCGCUGACUGUCGGAGAAGUAAACGCGGUUUCCCUCUGGGACGAGAAAAAGAGAUAUUUUAAUUUUCACAAAAUAGCCAUUCCAUCGCUGGCUGCUAUUAUCCGUGAUCCAUGCCGCUUUGGUGUUGAAGGCGAGUUACUGGAUUUCACAGUCACAGAAUUCUCUCGUCUUGCUGCCCCUGCGUUUAUGUCGGAAUAUUUCCCAACUCACGUAAAAGACAUAGCGAGGCAAGGCUUGUCGAAACUUUACCUCGAAGGCCGAGUCGGCGUAGGUGUCGUACCAGAUUCCGUUCUUGCCGAUAUCCUGCAGAUACUCUACCCACCUGUAAAAAUCACGGAAGACCAACAUCCAUUAUUCGUCAAAACCCUGGUUCAAACGCUGGCUAAUUCAAAUGACGUAAACAUCGCCAUAUCCUCCAUACGUCUGUUAGAACGACUCCUCACAAACUGUCCCAGCUCGGUUGUACGUAGUUUCGCAGAAGAAAAUGGAGUCCCAGCGUUACUUCGUUCGGCACACGCAGGUGAAACCGACAGUCGCCGCCUUCAAAUAGAAUGUAUACGCACAUUGUGUAUAUUCAUUCAUAGUAGCGCCUCAUCCUCCACAGUGGGAACGCUUUGCCCAUCUCACCCACCGGCUAUCGAGAAGCAAUUCGAUGCAAUAUUUCAGUCUGAUUUCUUCAUAAUUCUUAUCGCAGUCAUAGACGCGCGUCGAUGGUGGUUGGAAGAAAUAGCGGAAAUCUGGGUGCCAUCUUUGUUGCUUCUGUGUCAAGCUCGACCACAUGAACGUAUCUGGAAGAGUGUCGAGACGGUCUUGAGGAAAUUUGCAGAACUCAACGAUGGUGAGCAUGGUUCGGAAAGACUGAUUGCAGAUCUAGAUAAAAUGAAAGAUAUAUUCUAA